AUGAAGUAUUUGGCCAUUAUCAACCUGGUUUUGACUGUUGUAUUAUAUCCCGGCUUACAAGGAGCCCAUUUCCGGUUCACCAACUUUCAAUGCAGCAGUAUGGAUACGCAGUUUGUGGAGGUUAAGAAGUGUUUCCUGAAGAUGGUGCGUCGAAAUGUCGUGGGCAUGAAUUUACAUCUGGCUAUUAAAUACGACCAACCCAUUAAUAAAGUUCAGCUCAACUUGAUCAUUUUUCGAAAGUCGAAUGUGUACAGGCAGUUUCUGGUGAAUCACACCAUUGACUUUUGCUAUUAUAUGCGUAAACCAGAGAAAUAUCCGAUUUUCUUUAUGUUUCACGAGUCCCUGAUGGAUGCCACCAAUGCCAAUCACACGUGUCCAUAUACCGAGAAAGAUAUUUAUGUGAGGCAAAUGACAUUCAAUGAUCGGACAGUAAGAGACCUGCUUUCCUUUCUACCUGAAGGUGAAUACAAACUGGUGGUAUUCGUUGGUGCUUUUGGAGUAUGGCGAUUGCAGUUUAACGUUUACGGACGGAGUGAUUAA